CCAAUAAAGAACAACUUUAUGACUCAUCUGAAGCCACAUUAGUGGAUUGUGUUACAUCGACCACAGAAAAAGCCUUCUCAAAAUGGUGUAAACACAGAAUAUAGAUCCACAAGCUCUUUUUGAAUGAGCAAAUCCACAUUCCACAGAUGUGAACGUUAAGAGAUUUCUAAACAUUUGUUCAAAUCAUAGUUUUAUUUGUGAGCUGAUUUUGAAUAUUUACAGAUCGUUAUUUUAUUUGUGAUUUAUGGUGAAUACUUGUGAAAUAUAUUUGUUCAUAUUCACAGAUUAAGGUUUAAUUAGUGAUUUUUUUAAACAUUUUUAUUUUAUUGAGGAGUUUGGUUUUAUUUAACAAAAUAUUUGUUUAUAUAUUAUAUUAGAUCGGGGUGAACAUACCGAAUAAAGAAAACAUCUCACUCCAUAGACCUUGUACCUUGAAGACACCUGAGGACACUUCCUGUUUAUACACGGCCAGCUAUGUACUGCUGAAGUGAUCUUCGAGGUGUAGGACGAGGUAGCCUAUUUAACCUGAGUGAGUUGUAAACUUUUGAUCAAAACCUUGUCUUGAAAGAUAUGAAGAGGAGACUUCUGCUCGUGUCCAACUCAACCCUGCACGGGGGAGGAUAUCUGGAACAUUGCCAACAGCAGAUCAAAGACUUUUUCGGAAUAGGGGUGAAGAGGAUUUUAUUCAUCCCCUAUGCACUGUGUGAUAGAGAUGGCUACGCAAAGACUGCCAGGGACAAGUUCAACAGUCUGGGUUAUGAGGUGGACAGCAUACACGAGGCCUCUGACCCAGUGGAAGCUGUACGGAAGGCUCAGGGUAUAUUUAUAGGUGGUGGCAACACAUUCCGUCUGCUGAAAUGUCUCUACGACAACCAUGUGCUUUCUGAGAUCAACGAGAGGGUUCUGCAGGACGGUGUUCCCUACAUGGGUUCCAGUGCUGGCACCAACGUCUCUACUGUCAGCAUCAACACCACCAACGACAUGCCCAUCGUGUACCCGCCCUCCUUCAACGCCAUUGGUCUAGUGCCUUUCAACAUCAACCCUCACUUCCUGGACACGGACCCUAACAGCAGACACAUGGGGGAGACACGAGAGCAGAGGAUCAUUCAGUACCACGAGGAGCCUGACACUCCAUCUGUUCUGGGCUUGAGAGAGGGUUCCAUGUUGCUCGUAGAAGGAAACAAGGCUACUCUACUGGGCACUUGCAAGGCACGGCUGUUCACCAGGGGGAAGCCAACAACAGACUUUGAAUCUGGCAGUGACCUCAGCUUCUUGCUGACAGACAGACAGUGAAGUUUUACAUCUCCGUUCUCCACGGCAAGACAUCUCCGUUCUCCACGGCAAGACAUCUCCGUUCUCCACGGCAAAGACUGAUGCAGAUCCUUACAAGUGGGAAUGCACUUAUAUCAAAAUAAAUAUUAUUACCAAAAAAAA